CUAUUCCUGUUUCUCCUCGCUUGGGGUCCGUCUGAGUCGGUAUCGGAAUCGGAUUCAGAGGAGCCGCCGCCGCCGCCGCCCAUGGCUGGCGCUCCUGUCGCUGCCUGCUCUGAUCCAAAUUAUCCCCAAGCAAACAGAGACAAGUAAGGGACCCAAUGGAACUACAACAAGAACAAGAAUCAGCAGGGGAGCACCAGGAAGGAGGUGAGGAACAGCUCGCCCAAGAUCUGCUCCACGCCUUCCAGCGAAUCCUCCACGACGACCCCCUCAUUGAUGAAGUGGGGUUCUUGCACCCAACACAGUUCUGCUCAUUACAAGUAGAAGAUGACGAUUCCAAUUCCCAACAUCCGGAGCCUCACCAUACAAGGUACUUGUGGUGCAGAGACCACAAGCUCGCCAUCUCCGCCGAGAUCCUGCCCAGGCUCUACCGCGCUGCCCGGGAUGCCUACUGCAACGCAAGAGUUGCCCCGCUGUCGCCUACUCAUCUCUUGAGGCACACCAAGGCACUACUCAUACUUUGUCCUGACCUACUUACCGCAUGGAACUCCAGGAAGAUGGUGCUAUCAGCAGAGUAUGGUUUCACAAAGCUCAAGGAUGAGCUGCAAUUGUGUGCCUUGAUCCUUUCCUACUCGCCAAAGAACGAGAGCACAUGGAGCCAUAGGAGGUGGGUGAUAAAACAAGUUGCAGAGCAACAUCAAGAUAUGUCGGAGAUUAUAGAGAAUGAAUCAAUACUAGUCAAAGAGAUAGCAGAGAAAUCGAAAAUGAACUACCGUGCGUGGAGGCAUCGAUGCUGGCUUAUUCCUUACAUGACACGGAAACAGGUGCUGGAUGAACUGAAGAAGUCAACAAGAUGGAGUGAGCUACAUGUUGCUGACAAUUGCUUCUUUCACUACCGAAGGUCCCUUCUUCUUGAGCUACUAGAAAGUCGCCUGGGGAAUGGAGAGGAUUCCCUUAGUUGGGAGUCAGAAACUUACCUUCUAUGGAAGGAGGAGCUGAGGUGGGAUGAGAUGCUGAUCAGACACUACCAAGGGAGAGAGUCAUUGUGGAACCAUCGCCGGUUCCUUUCACACUGGUGGAUACAGCGCUUGCUCACUGUUGAAGAAACCUGCCUCUCAACGAUGUCCCAGGUGGAUCUAUUUGUGACCCAGGAGAUAAACCUGCUGUCAGAGUGCUUGAAUGACCCUGAGGAUGAGUUUGAUGAGUCACGUGUUCAAGCAGAGCUUUCAGCACUCUACAUCCUCUGGAUAUCAAAGCAAGUCCCGGCAUUGAAAGGGAAGCUGGAAGAGAGGCUGCAUCCCAUUUCCAUGGGGAGGCUGCAGGACGUGAUGGAAAGAGCCUGCAGGCCGGAGAAGAGGCGGUUGUGGAUGAAUCUGCUGGGCUUGGUUGAUCAAUCCCGCUGACAGAGAUGGCCCCCUUUCUUUGUUGAGUUUGAGGGUGUGAGCUUCGAUUGCAGCUGUAAUGUAAAAGAAACAGGUGGUUGGUUCAGUUUCACACGUGGCAUGGAGACAAGUGUUUGCUUCAGGUCCUGCGUUAUUGUAAAAACAAACUUCUAUUCCUCUCUUAAUUGAAAUGCAGAGCUCCUGCCAUUGUGUG